AUGAAUGUCAAUGUCGUGUGCUCCAACCUUGGAGCAUUGCAGGAGGACUUGGGAACAAGCAUAAGAGAGCUGGGCAUCAAAAAGGCCGUGCAGAACAAGCCCAACACAGACAGCCUGCUACUGUGCCCAGCAGCCAGCCAGACACCCUGUGUACCUGCUCCCCUCAACUUGCCCAGGCUGGGCAGGUACAAAGCCCUGUCGACAAAAGCCUUGCUAUCCAGCGUGAUUGCGCCCACACUGCUCUGCGCCUUUCUUUACUUGGCUUGUGUUACUGCUGAACUUCCAGAGGUGAGCGGAGGGAUGGCCACCGGUAGAGCCAGAAGCAAGGAAGGGCGGGAGCAUGCCUUCAUCCCAGAACCUUUCGAUGGGGCUAACGUAGCCCCCAGCCUUUGGAUGAACCGCUUUGAAGUCAUUGAUGACCUCAACCACUGGAACCAUGCCACCAAACUGCGCUUCCUGAAAGAGUCUCUCAGAGGAGAUGCCCUGGACGUCUACAAUGGACUCAAUCCCCAGGCCCAGGGCGACUACAGUAUUGUAAAGGAGGCUCUUCUGAAGGCUUUUGGGGGCUCCGGGACCACCCACGGUCAGAAACCCAGAGAAAUUCUGUUUGCCAACAGCAUGGGUAAGGGCUACUACCUUAAAGGGAAGAUUGGUCAUGUGCCUGUAAGGUUCCUGGUGGACUCUGGAGCUCAGGUGUCUGUGGUCCACCCAAGCUUGUGGGAGGAGGUCACUGAUGGUGACCUGGAUAGCCUUCGGCCUUUUGAAAAUGUGGUCAAAGUGGCCAAUGGGGCAGAGAUGAAGAUCUUGGGUGUGUGGGACACAGAAGUGACCCUGGGCAAGCUGAAGCUGAAGGCAGAGUUUCUGGUGGCCAACGCAAGUGCAGAAGAGGCCAUUAUCGGCACCGAUGUCCUGCAGGAUCACAAAGCUGUGCUGGACUUCGAACACCGCACCUGCACUCUGAAGGGGAAGAAGUUCCGCCUGCUGCCUGUUGGGGGCUCCUUGGAGGAUGAGUUUGACCUGGAGCUCAUUGAGGAGGAGCCUUCGGAGGGCUCCCAUUAA